AUGAACCGUUUGUGGUGCUCGCUCUCCCACACGCUCCGCCGCUGCAGAGCUCCGGGCGCGCCGCAGCGCCUGCUUGACUGGUGGUGUUCUUCUGCCUCCCGCGUCACGCCCGCUCUACUCCGUCGUUGUCCACCGUCGACUGUGUCGAGGCCACUUCGUCGACAGUACCGUUGGUACGACGACCCUCGGAAGGCCAUGACGGCGACGGCGAUCGGCUUGAGCGCCACGGUCAUGGCAGCCUGCCAGGUCGUGCCCUGCACCAACCGCUCCCACCUGGUCGUCCUCUCCGCCCAGAAGGAGCGCGACCUUGGUGAGUCCCAUUUCACCGAGUUGAAGCACAUCUACAGGCAUAGGACGGUCGACCCACACCAUCCGGAUAGCGUCCGUGUACGUCUCAUCGCCGACAGAAUCAUCCACGCCGCCAACCGCGGCCUUGGCAUCUACGACAGCCGUGACGCCCCCUUGCUCAGCGUCACCCGCAAAGGGAAGAAGAAGCCGUGGGCACGGCAGCCGCACACGAGGCACCUCCAUGGGCUCGACACCUGGGAGCUGGUCCUUGUCAGUGAUGGUAGGAUCGGAGCCACGUCCUCCCCCGGUGGCAGGAUUUUAGUCUUCACCGGCCUGCUCGACUGGCUUAAGACCGACGGCGAGAUCGCCUUCUGCAUUGCACACGAGAUUGGGCACCACAUUGCAAGGCACACAGCGGAUAUCACGAGUAGAUUGUUGCUACCGAAAUUCCUACGCCCAACCUUCAUACGACGGGCUGAGAGAGAGGCAGAUCGCAUUGGAAUCUUGCUGCUCGCUGCUGCUGGUUUUCAUCCAGACCAUGCCCUUUCAUUCGCUAAGAAGGCAGCUACAGUUGUACCAAAGUAUUCUGUACUGAAACAGAUGCUAGAAAUUACUCAUCCCCACCCUGAGGACAGACUGGCGCGUUUAUCAGAGGCUAAGACCAUGGAGGAAGCGCUUGAACUGUACAGAGAAGCUACUGCCAGGGAUAAAGUAACUGAAAAAUAUUUCAGUAACCCAACCAUGUAA